AUGUCGAGCUGCUUCAACCCCACAGCGACAAGAAUUGGUGAAACCUUUGCCCUCUGUCUGCUAUUUGUUGUGUCGCUGGCUGGAAAUAUCCUCAUUGGAAUUAUUGUCUACAAGGAGAAAGCUCUGAGAACACCAAUCAACAUUUUGAUUGUAAACAUGGCAAUUUCCGAUCUGCUGUUCUCGAUUAUCAAUUUUCCUGCAUUUCUUAUAAGGUUAAACACAGCCAGCCACUGGCUGCUCAGCGGUCCAUUUGACCAAGCGUUGUGUAGGCUAAAGUAUUUCGUUACUCAUGUCUCCAUUUUUGUGUCCGUUCAGAGCCUAGUUCUGAUAGCAGUGGAUCGAUUUGUAGCUGUGGUAUUUCCUCUCCGUCCCUCACUGAUCAGUUCAAAGCGAUGCAGGCUCUUCAUUCUCGUAAUUUGGGUCGUCGCCAUGGCAGUCUCUUGCCCACAAUUGCUUGUGUGGAAAUUUGUCGAGAAUACAGAAGGGCUGGUUUGUCAGUUGGGGUUGAACGACAAAUUUAGAGUGUCCUCAUGGAUUAAAAACUACGUCCUGGUAACGAUCAUUGUAUUCACCUAUGUCCUUUUGGUUUUGAUUGCCAUACUUUACUUUUCCAUUGCCGUAAGAAAUAAAUCCUAGCAGAUUCCAAGUGAGCCUUCAGUUGACGCAAGAAAACAGCGCUUGAAGAGAGAAAGAAGUGUUGUGAAGAUGUCCGUUGCCAUCGUGUUCGUUUUUGCAGUAUGCUGGCUGCCAUGCAGUAUCGUUGUCCUCUUAUCCUUGUUUUCAUCAGACAGCGCCAUGAUGUCAUCUUGUGCCUUCCAAUACUCUACACAUAUUGCCAAUUUUCUGGUUCUAUCAUACUGCACUGUAAACCCUUGUAUCUGUUUCAUAUUCAGCAGUAAUUAUCGUCAGGGUCUUAAGAACCUCCUCGGCUGUUUCUCUACUAAUAGAGCUGCCCAGACAUAGUUGUUGCCCCAAUCUUUUGCAUAUUAUUCAGCGUUAUUCGAGGAAUAAAAUUUGUUUCCCAUGCCAACAGUUGAUUGCGCACAUUUUCAAUCUUUGUUUUUGUUUUUCUAACUUGUAAGGUCAAACCUUUUUGAAAACUCUUGCAUUUAGCAUAUCAUAUCGAAAAUAACAGUCAAGCUCUUACGAACAUCGCUUUAUUGCAUCCAAAAUGUUUGAAGUAGCACUCAGUGAAAUUCAGUUAAUAAAUAGAAGAGAGUAUUACGAUUUUUCCUUUUUUCCUCGUUUAUCUAUUUUCAGCUGCACAUGAAAAAAGGACAACGUAUUUACCGAGAUGAACUGCGAUCUCUAUAGGAUACGUUAAAUCCAGUUCCUUCCCAAAACUUGUAAAUAAUAUUUAUUUAAUUCAUUUACGUUAGUUUACCUUAUAGCAAGAGAAACUUUGUUCAACGGCUCAAACCGUCUUUUGAACUCUGACUUAAGGAUUUCGGUCGUAUUGUGUACAGUUUGCGAUUAUUAAAGUUUUACACUCUUCCUGUAAAAUAGAGAGGUUUCCAAUCAAUAUGCAAUGGAAAAAGAAAAAGUAAAAUCUACUUGACAUCUAAUAUUACAAAUAAAUAUUAUCAAUAAAGCAAUGGAAACUAGUUCUGCUUCUGCUUCAGCUUCAGAUUAUUUGUCAUCACGGUCAUUCCCUUUUAUGGAAAAUUAGAGUUUUGGGGAAAAAAUACCCUAAUGGAUCAAAAAUUGCCUCUCUUCCUGAAUUCUAACGAAUACUGAAUUAACUUUAAAAACCUUUAGUCAUAUCUCUUUGCAUUGAGAGUAAAUGUUACAGAGUCCAUUAGGAGGUCAAUUCCACAUGAAAAAACCGAACUUUUGACGUUCUUCUGGGAGGGAGAAACCCUGGAGAAGAAGAGGGCGACCUAAUGAUGAGGACUGUAACUAAAAGUACGUAUGAGAGUAAGCAAAGUGCAGGCUCAGAACUUGUCUGACUCCUGUGAGCCUCAUAACGGGGAGAGAGCCUAAAAAGCAUCUGCACAUUUUACUGCGCAUGUCGAAGUAGCUUGGGCUCAUAAUGGAAAGCGUGUAGAGGGUAGCAAAGCUGUCUGACUCUCGUGAGUGCAGAAAUAUAUCAAUAGGUAUGAUCUGCUUAUCAUGGAAACUUUGAAAAGAGUGCAUUUUACCUUUUCAAUGAGCGACAUAUGCCCAAAAGAGCUGCUAAAUUAAAGAAUGACCCUAUUCAAUGGAAUGAUAGAACGCUGGAACCGUGAACGGUAGAACGGCGGAAUAGUUGAAUGGCGGAAUAUCCCAAAACCCGUCUUAAGAAGUGGAAUAGCGGAAUAUCCCAAAACGCGGAAUGCCUUGCUGUAUGAAACAAAAGUCUCACAAAAAUAUAAUUGUGAUGAAAUACUAAAAUAAUUCAGAGAGCAUUACAUGAAACACUUAUGAAAGGCUAUUUCGAAAAAGCAAAUACAUUGCAGAACUAGCUACUAAGCAUAAAAUGAGCGAAACGAUUUGAUUAAAAAACUAUUACAUGCCUAACCUAUUCUGAAUAACAGCUGGCCAUCUGUCGGGUUUUAAUUGAUGUUUUGGUGCGAAUUAUUACUUUUGGGUGUAUAAGGUAGGAGGAUUAGCGCAGAUUGAAAAUCAAACAAAAUAGAUAUAAGCAUCUGUAAGAUAUCCUUGCAUCUAAAUUGGGGAACCUAUUUUUCUCUGUCUCCAAUUUUGGUUACAAUUGUAAAAAUUGUUGUUGAAGUACAAAAGUUCGAAUUUUGCAUCGAACAGUUAAAGUACAAAUUAAGUGUAAAUUUUUUACUAUUUUUUCGUUAUAAAAGAAUAGGUGGCUUCUAGAGUUAGAGAGCAGCUUGCUGAAGACGACACUGAUCCUACAGUUCCAAGAAUGUCGGCAAAUGUUAGUGCGACGGUGAAUGGAACACAGGUAACACUGAACUGCUUGGAUCUAGAUGUAAAGAGGAUUGGUAAAACCUUUUUUUGCGGCCUGUUACUUGUUUUCUCAGUGUCUGGAAGUUUUUUCAUCGCAAUAAUUGUCCACAAAACUAGAUCCAUGAGAAAGCCUAUCAACUUUUUCUUGGUAAAUAUGGCCAUAUCCGAUCUUCUGUUUUUCCUUUUUUACAACAAACAACACAAACGCUCGGCUCCUGGUUGAUCAGCGGUCCUCUUGGAGAUGCGUCGUGUAAGCUGACUGUUUUCUUGGGAGAUAUCUGCUUUAGCGUGUCUAUUCAGAGCCUAGUCUUAAUAGCAUUCAAUCGAUUUUGAGCUGUAUAUUUUUCCCUCCGUCCCCAACUGAUCAGUUCAAAGCUGUGUCAGUUCCUUAUUCUUUUCACUUGGAUCAUCGCUAUUCUUACCAUCACCUCGAUGAAAUAAGUUAACAAAUGGAAGCUAUUUCCAUGGUUUUUCUGUUUUUUCUAUUUUUUCAGUUGGUAGUUGUUUUACGAUCGCAACUAGUUAUUACACUUUUGUUUUUGAUUUUUUUGUUUUGUUUUUUUUUUUUUGGGGGGGGGGUCUGUUUAUUUUCAACUGAACGUGCAUAAUGAAAAAUUACGUCACUGAGAUAAACCGGAUUUCCCUCAGACCUAUUAGGUCCAAUUAUUUCACGAAACUUAGAAAUAAUCAUGAAUCGAAAUGUCUGCUUUGAGAACUAACUUACUUAAAUCCUAUUUACAAUUUACAUUAUAGCAAGUGAAACUUAGUUCAUUGGUUCAAACCGUUGUUUGAACUCUGCUGCUUGUUUUCCGGUUCUACAGUGUUUAUUCCCUUACCACCUGUAGAUAAAGAGUUUCCGAUCAGUUAGAGAGGAAAUGAGCAAAAGUUUGAUCGAAAUGAAAUCCAAUACGAAAAAUAAAUGCAAUUGACUCCCGAUAACUUGAACCUUUAAGGAGGAUUGAAGAAGGCUCCACUGAGUUACCGGGAGUUCGAGUUAACGGAAAUUGAAAACAAGGGCCCGGAAAUGAGGGAAAAACGGUGUUUACUGUUUUUCGUCUUAUACAGUAUACAUUUUAAUACAAUUCAAUUACAGAGAAGUCGAAUGAAAACGGAACACAAAAUUACUGAAAGUUACUUCGAGUUAGCGGGAGGCUCGAGUUAUCGAGGGUUCGAGCUACCGGGGAUAAAAUUUCUGUAAAUGUUUGAUGGAAAUCCAGGGGAAAUCGGUUUUGGUUCAAGUCAGCAGGGAAAGAUUUAUGAGUACAUGCGGUCGUUUAAGGCAACGGGGAAGGGAAAAAAAGGGUUCUCAUUUGACCCAUGUUUUCUAUAAUCCCCCAAAAUAUUUUUAAUAAAAUUGGGAAAAAAUGGCUGGUGUGAGUUUUUUUUUUUUCAUUUCCAAGUGUAAACAGCUUAAACAGACAGCUAAACGUUCAAUAGUUACUGUUAGCAAUAUUAUUUGCCGUUAACGACACGCUUAAUUUCUCUAUUUUAAAACAACUUCCUUUCUCAUAAGUGAGGAUUCUGAGACCAGCUGUCAAAAUUCAUUCAUUAUCAGAUUUACAUUCACAUCAGCCCUCGCGUUGAGCUAUAUUACUUAGCAAGUAGCCACCAUUUAUUUGUCGAGGGAUCUUCUUCAAUGACCCAGGGCCAUUAUUCCUGUGUACGCCUCAAGCAAAUUGAGUAAGUAGUUUAGUACAUGGCACUCGGACCAAACUUGUUUAUUUUGAAUUAUUGUAUAGGUCUUAAUAAAAAUUUGACUCCAAUUAAAAAAUAAAAAGUUCAGAAUUGAUAUAAACUGAUAGGAUACCUUCUUAAUAACCGUCGACCGUUCAGACCCUAAAAUUGAACCGUCAAAAGCCUUAAAAUUUAACCCCUAACCGUCAAAAACCGCAAAAAUGAAACAAUCGUCAACCGCCAGAACUACCUCCCCAUUGAGAUACUGUCACAAGAUGUUAUGGAUAACUAAAAUUAGGAGUGUUUUGGAACAACCAAAUUGGGAGUGUUUGGGAACAGCUAAAACGAGGAGUGUUUGGAAACAACUAAAAUUAGGAGUGGUUGGGGAUUGUUCAGUUAUGCCUGUUAAUUAGUUUAUCUCGAAAUAUUUAUGCUAGUCUUGUGAGCCUUGGUUUGUCAUGUGCUGCAAGACCACACACUUAUCUUUGCCUUUUGAGUGAUUUGUCCUGACCGUUGUAGGAGGGCUUAAUUCUCCUACGAUAAUCGUCAUCGCUAGUCGUGUUUUGGUUUGCCCUUGACCUUGCUAUAAGUCUUCAACGGGGAGUUUUGUUUACGUUUUAGUUCUCAAAGAUUGGUUGUUUUUGAGUAAUUUGUUGUUAAUUUUGAAUGUCUUGUCAGAUUGUUUUAGUUAGCAUUCUAAAAAUAUGUUUACUCCGCCAAGGUCAGUUGUCCCGUUCGCCCGAACAUGCCUAUCGUAGGAUAUUUAAGAGCGUGUACUUCGAGCUGAAUUCGUGAGAACAGAGACAGAAAUACAUUUCCUGAACAGAUUCUUGUUGUCUCCCGUUUGCUCAAGUUGCUCAAGCUAGUUAACACCAAACAGUCCAGCAAGAAAGCUAUGCAACGAGGUAGGAGAUCUCUUUUGCCACUACACAGUUUUGGGCGAUAAAUGAAAUGUGAUAUAUUUUACAUUGGUUUUUUUUUUAAGUUUCACUUAACUUGUUCAAGAAACGGCACUGAGCACUUUUUAAAUGUGCCCUUACACUAGGCUUGAUAUGUUCCGUAUUUAUAUCGAUGCACAAUUAUCUACAAAAUUGAUUUUACCUCAGAUCGUGUUACUCUGAAGGAGAUUAAAACAUCUUUCAUACCACUAUGAACAUUGGACAACUGCUUGAUACUCAAGCAAGUAAAUGUUUUGCAGUCAAUUCAUUAUGAACAUUUCAUAAGUUUACACUUGUUUUCAGUUGUAGAGAAGUUGUAGGCUACAAUUUGCAUACAGACCAAAAUUGCGGACAAGGCAUAGAGGCGCAAAUUCAAUUACAUUAACGGCUUUAGGCCGGAACGUUUUCAACAGAAAAGAAUAAAAUAAAGCAGGAUCAGAGUAAAUACUUUGAAAACAUUACUCGAUAAUGAGAGUCUUUCGAUCAAGACGUAUUACAAAAAGAAUAAAAAUAUGAUAAAAUCGAAAGAAGAAUAGAUUAAUUAAGCAUUUAACCUCAGUAAUCAAAACUCGUGUCAGUUUAAAUACCAUAUUUGUCGGUUCAGUGUGAAACCUGAAAAAAUGGAGAAUAAGUUGAAAAAAAGAGAACUUUUCUAACUCUCCAUUUAGUUUAAUGCCACAUGUUGACGUUAUUUUUUAUUUAUUUCUAAACAAACGCGUGGAAACAAGGAAUCUGUUUGAUAAAUUAAUAAAAAAUGACAUAAAUAUGGUUAUAAGAAGAUCAGCAGUUAGAGAUGCGUAUAUACGUAUGAUAGAUGAGUAUAAUUACAUGUGCUUUCUUUAAAUAGAGUAUUGGUAGCCUCCAGAUACCUACUGGCUGAAGAGAAAACCUAUCUCACAGUUCUGAGAAGGUCGGCAAUAGUUACUGCAACUAUGAAUGAAACGAGGUGCUUUAGUCAAGAAGCUGGAAGGGUUGGAAUCACGGUAGUAUUCUGUUUGCAGCUUGUUGUUUCGUUGGUUGGAAAUAGUUUUAUUGCAAUAGUUGUCUACAAGACGAAAUCCCUGAGAAAACCCAUUAACUUUUUAAUCGUAAACGUGGCUUCGCCGCCAUUUUGCAUUUUUUGCCUCGUGCUACCUUAGUAGCUCCAGUCUACCGCUGGCCUCAUGGUCAUCUCAAUGUUGAAUGAUAAUAACUUCAUUUUGGCACAUUUGAAAAGUUAUGAUAAUUCUUCAUUCAGGGAGGAGAUCGUGUUGUCUCAAAACAUCACAUUUCAACCAAGAUCUUUUUCAGUACGUUUACUCUGAUAAAUGUUUCUAGAUGAAAAUUGUUUUCUCCUUAUCCCUGUAAUGUUCUUCUAAGUUUUUCCAAAUUCCAAUUGUUAACAACGACGGUAAUAAAACUGGAUUCACUUGACAUUUAUUGAUCUCUACGUUCCGAAGCGUCAAGAAUUUUGACGUUUAACAAUCGUCUCGAAAUAAGUUCAUCACAUAUAACUCCGCAAAGUAAAUUGACGAGCAAAACGACUUCAAAUUAUCGCCGGUUACGGCUUGUACCAAUUGGGAGAAUAUUCAAGACGCCGUUUAAUGCAAAUAGCGCCAUGAUUAUGGAAUAUCAGUUUUAACAGCUGACAGCUACUAGCCUAUUUCGGAAAAAAUUUCGUUUCCCUUAACUUUGUGGUUUUUUUAGACAGACGCAAAUUAAACUAGUGCAUGUAAGAUAACAAGUUCUCCAAAAUUUUCCAUCGUAGAUUUUCUUAGCCUGUGAAAAGACUGGUCGUUAUGAAUGAUAAAAUGGAAUAAAAACGACACGCAGUACAAAGUCAUAUGAUGCGGAUAUUCAAAGAUCCAUGCCCCUUGCAAACCGGCUGCAAUGUAGAGACAAUUUUAUUUUGCGUGGGUAAUAUUUACACGAGAAAAACAGUGGUUUCUUUCCCUCGACCAAAGAGAACAAAAACAAAACAAAACGAAUUGGAGCUUCCGUCUUGUGUAAGUUGGUGUCUUUCUCUCGGAAGUCUCCGCUGCUAUGCCAAUUCAGAGCCUGGCCGAUAUCAUGCUGUGGUGUAUCCCUUGCAUUCUCCGUUCGUCAACUCAAAGCGGUGUUCCUUGUUCAUCCUGGGUACUUGGAUUAUCGCCAUGGCCAUCCAGUCCCCUUUCUUUAUCGCCAAUGAAUUUGUUCAGUAUCCCACAGCAGUGAUAGAGUGUGAGCCUCACUGGGGAAAUGUCUUCAGAGAUACUUCUGAAUUCUUAGACUACGUCGUGGCAAAUAUAAAAGUACUUUACUAUAUGCCUAUGGUGUUGAUUGCCUUUCUAUACAUUAUGAUUAUUUGUAAAUAGAAUAUGAGAGACAGUAAGUUUUGAGCUCGGUAAGGAAAUAGAGAAAGAUGUUUUUCGUCUUGUCACGAGCGUGGGACAAAGAAAACAUUCGGAGUCCCCAUGAGGAAUCGAACCUCACACCAUCGGAUUCCGCAGUCCCAUGCUCUAGUGCAUGGGAGCACGUAGUCUGAAGGUCUGAAGUUAUUUUCGAUCCCCCUGUCAAAAUGUCCUGGAUCUGCCUUUGUUUUAUUUAUUCCUUUUCUUCUGCGCAAAAACGAUCUCGAAUUUGAUAACUUGUUCACUGAAUGAAAAGCUUGUUGAUAAAGGCGCUGUGAAUAUCAUAUGAUCACGUGCAAGUGAACCAGCUGUCCUUCCCGCUCAGACAUAGCGGAGGCUUUAUCUGGCUUUCUCCCACCGACUUCAGCGGCUGAGUAAUUCUGUUCGGCGACGAUCACCUAAGUUUUCUGAAAUUUCCGACCCAUUUCUUAGAUGGUAUUGAUGAGAGAAGGAAUGCCUAAUUGACAUAUCGACGGAGCACAGAACAUUAAACAAUAUUGUUGUUAGCUUUCAUGUCUACUUAUUCUCUUUGAGCUGCGAAUCGUUAUUCAUUAAGUGCGAAAAUAGGCAAUAUAAGCAUUUAUCUAUUUACUUCAUCUUUUUUUUUUUCAUAGAAUAACUUGUCGUUCACAUGGAAAGCUGUAAGAGGAACUCUUCAGUAUUAAUCCUUUACAUGAUCUGCUCGGCUGUUUUAUCUCCUCGAGCAUAGUGCUGGAUGCUUUAUUUUCCUAUUUUUUUCCGCCAGCUUCAGCAGCUGUAAAAUUCUGUUCAGCGACGUACAAAUUCUCUUCGUGGAAAAAGAAAACCCCCCCACCUAACAUAAAAAUUGUCCUGAGCCCUUCCCUUUUAUUACAACUUCGUGAAAACCCGAAAAAUGUACCUGAAAAACCUCCAACCAGUCUACUGAGAAACAAUCCUAUUGAGUAAGUUACAGGUUGGAUUAAACUUUCGAUGACAACGUGAUUAAAAAUGAAUCCUUAAUAAAAAUGUCUGAGUAGAAAAUUGUCAUUAGAUUAUUUGGCUUGUUUUAAUACGUGAUCAUUAUCAGUAAACAUCUGUUGCUGGAUAUUUCUGGAGUCUUUUUCUCGUCAUUACGUCAAUAGUUAUAAUAAUAAUUUCAAUAAUAGAAACAACCUAGAACUUUCGAAAAUUGUCCUUUUUUCUCCAACCAUACUCUGAAUUGGAAAAGUAUCUCGAUAAUAUAACUCCGAACGAAAGCUAUUAAACUCCGACUCUGGUUAUCUCAGUUGGAGGAAGUUUCGGGUGUAGACUGCCAAUUUUCUCAAAUUUUUAGGCAUGUUCAAUAAUUAAGCAUGUUUUAUUUAUAUAGAUAGAUGAUUCAUAACCUAUGUUUUUUCCGGCUUUGGUAAAAUAUAUGUGGCCUUCGCAGAGCUGCUGGCUCAAAACAAAACUAAUCUCCUGGCACCGCAAUAUGUCAGCAAACGUGACAGCAACCAUGAAUGGAACACAGUCCAUGUCGAGCUGCUUCAACCCCACAGCGAUAAGAAUUGGUGAAACCUUUGCCUACUGUCUGCUACUUGUUGUGUCGCUGGCUGGAAAUAUCCUCAUUGGAAUGAUUGUCUACAAGGAAAAAGCUCUGAGAACACCAAUCAACAUUUUGAUUGUAAACAUGGCAAUCUCCGAUCUGUUGUACCCGAUUACCCGUUUUCCUGUACUUUUUGUAAGGUUAAACACAGCCAGCCACUGGCUGCUCAGCAGUCCACUUGGCCAAGCGUUUUAUAAACUGAGUUGCUUCGCUACUGACGUCUCUAGUGCUGUGUCCAUUCAGAGCCUGGUUCUGAUAGCAGUGGAUCGAUUUGUAGCUGUGGUAUUUCCUUUCCGUUCCUCACUGAUCAGUUCAAAGCAAUGCAGGCUCUUCAUUCCCGUCAUUUGGGUCGUCGCCAUGGCAGUCUCUUGCCCACAAUUGUUUACGUGGAAAGUUGUCGAGUAUGCAGAAGGGCUGGUUUGUCAGCGGGGGUUCAACGACAAAUUUAGAGAGUCCUCAUGGAUUAAAAACUACACCCUGGUAGCGAUCAUUGUAUUCAUCUAUGUCCCUUUGGUUUUGAUUGCCAUACUUUACUUUUCCAUUGCCGUAAGAAUUAAAUCGCAGAAGAUUCCAGGUGAGCCUUCAGUAAACGCAAGAAAACAGCGCUUGAAGAGAGAAAGAAGUGUUCUGAAGAUGUCCGUUGCCAUCGUGUUCGUUUUUGCAGUAUGCUGGCUGCCAUGCAGUAUCGUCGUCUUCUUACUCUUGUUUUCAUCAGACAGCGCCAUGAUGUCAUCUUGUGCCUUCCAAUACUCUGCGCAUAUUGCCAUUUUUCUGGUUCGAUCAUACUGCGCUGUAAACCCUUGUAUCUGUUUCAUAUUCAGCGGUAAUUAUCGUCAA